CGUUCUGUAGCAAGAACAUGGCUACUUGGUUGGGUGGCGUGUGUGUGUCUGCCAUCAAGCGGGCGCUUUGGUGCAAGGUUCCUGGUCCCACUUUGUUUUUGUGCAGUCGCCAACUUACAAGUCUUGCUGACUCCUUUGAUGCAAAUUCUCGCUAUAAAGACCAGCCUUGGGAGUAUUUGAAUAGUGAAGAAUAUUUACAGAGGUAUGGCCAGAAAUCUAUAUGGGCUGAUUACAGACGAAACCAUAAAGGGCCUAUUCCACCACAAAAGACCCGUAAAACCUGUAUUAGAGGAGGGAAGGUUUGUGGGAAUCCAUGCCCAAUCUGUCGGGAUGAGAAGCUCGGCUUGCAUUAUAAGAAUGUGAAAUUACUUCAGCAGUUUAUAUGUCCCCAUACAGGAAUAGUUUACGAUCCAACAACAACAGGUGUGUGUAUGAAACAGCAGAAAGUCUUGAUGGAAGUUAUUACAGAGGCAACGGAUCAUGGGUUUCUUCCUGCUCAUGUUCCCUAUAUAGUUUUGCCUCAUGAAGACUAUUUAAAUAGCCAUGGUGCCGUUUCAGACACACUUUCGCCUAAAGCAGGACCUUGGUACUCUUGGUAUGAGUGGCAGGAGCCAAACCCCAAAGAUGCAGUACGACUGAGAAAGCUUUAUAAACCCUACCUGAAAGAGAUGAUGGCCAAUAAAUAAAGUUGCUUAACUAGGUUA